GUUUUUCCCAACUGUUAUCUUUUUUUUUUCCUUACCAAUCUUUUCAUUCAUACUUUUCUUCUUUUCCUUAAUACAAAUCCUUACAUCUUCAUUUAAAUUUAUCAACAAUGGGUCUCUUUCGCUAUAAUAGCCCAGUUUUCCAGAUCUUCAUUGUCGGUAUGAUCUGUUUCUGUUGUCCUGGUAUGUUCAACGCCCUCAGUGGUCUCGGUGCCGCUGGUCAAGCCGACACCAAAUCUGCCACCGAUGGAGGUACCGCCUUGUCUAUCACUUUCACAAUUUGUUCAUUGAUUGGUGCCCCUGUUUACAAUAUUUUCGGUCACCGUAUUCUUAUUCCUGCUGCUCUUACCUACGCUCUCUAUGUUGGUUCUUUCCUCUCUAAGUCUGGUGCUUUCACCAUUGCUGCUGGUGCCAUUCUUGGUAUUGGUGCUGGUUUCUUAUGGACCGCCCAAGCUGGUAUCAUGAUGUCCUAUCCUGGUGAACAAGAUAAGGGUAAAGCUUUCUCUCUUUUCUGGAUGAUUUUCAAUUUGGGUGCUACCCUCGGUGCUGCUAUUCCUCUCGGUAACGAAUGGAACUCUGGUACCAAGGCUGAAGUCAAGAUCUCCACUUAUAUUGCUUUCAUUGUCAUUAUGGGUUUCGGUGCCUUAUUGACUCUUGCUCUUCUUCCUGCUAACAAGGUUAUUCGUUCUGACGGUACUCAAGUUUCCCUCCACAAGUUCUCUAACUGGAAGCGUGAAGCUAUUGAAGUCUUGAAGCUUUUCAAGGACUGGAAGAUGCUUGUGUUGGUUCCUCUCUUCAUUGGUUCCAACUGGUUCUAUACUUAUCAAUUCAAUAUCUAUAACUCACCUUACUUCAUGAGUAUCCGUGCUCGUGCUCUUAACAACUUGUUAUAUUGGUUGUUCCAAAUUGUUGGUGCUGGUUGCUUCGGUUGGUUCAUGGAUUAUGCCAAGCUUGGUUCUCGUAAGAAACGUGCCAUUUAUGGUAACACUAUCACUCUUAUCAUUAUUGUUGCUCUUUGGGCUGGUGCCUUUGUUAUCCAAAAGACUUUUACUCGUGAGUCUAAGAGCCCUGAAACUGAAAUUGACGUUUUUGACAAGAGAUACCCCGGUUUGGUUGUUGAAUAUGCUCUCUUUGGUUUAAUUGAUGCUGUCUAUCAAGGUUUCAUUUAUUGGUUGCUCGGUACAAUGACCAACGAUACUGAACGUGCUGCCAGAUAUGGUGGUUUCUAUAAGGCUGUCCAAAAUGCCUCUAACGCUGUUGCUAACCAACUUGAAUCUAACAAGGUUUCUUACAUGACUCAACUUAUUAUCACUGUUGUUCUUAACGUUGUUGGUCUUCUUCUUUCAUACAUUGUCUCUUUCACUGUUCCUGACGUCACUGUUGAGACUGUUGACAACCUUCAAAUUGGUCUUGCCGUUGGUACUAUGGUUGGUGGUCAAAUCGAGAACUUGGAUGACAUUCAAGAAGGUUCUGUUCAUGAGAAGGAAGCUUCUCUUCGUGAAAAGGCCGAAGUUUAAAUUACCCCUCCACAAUAAUCUAAUCCAGGCAUUACAACUUGAUGUUGCCUUGCCCAUAUAAUCUCCCUUUUUAUCUCUACUCUUUAUAAUAAUAAUCAUAAUUCCCCACCCUCAAAGUCAAUAAAAAUACUUAUAAAAAUCGAUUGGUGAUCAAUCACACACACAUUUUUUUUUUUUUU